CAGCUACCUUCAAUACCAACAAUUUGUCGUUCCAUAUGAUUUUUACACACUUCUCAGUAAAAUCUACAGCCAGGUCUUCAAUCAUGUCCUUCCAGCAGUGGCAAAUUGAAAUGCUCAACCUUGUCAAUGCCGAGCGCGCAAGAUACCACCGCCGUCCCCUCAACCUCGAUAUCCGCCUCUGUCAUUCCGCCCAAGAGCACUCCAACUACCAAGCACAUACCAAUGCAAUGACUCACAAUGACAGCUCAGGCCCGCUGAUGACCCGUGUGCAGCGAAGGGUUCCCAAUAUCCGGGGGUGCGCAGAAAACGUCGCUUGGAACCAGCCUGAUGUGAGGAGCGUGGUUCAGGGAUGGAUAAACAGCCCUGGACAUCACCGGAACAUGCUUGGGGAAUACAAUAUCGUCGGAUUUGGUAUUCAGAACAAGUACUGGACACAGGUGUUCGCAUUGGCAUGAUAUGUCAGGUUUAGUGCCAACUGUCGUACAGCUAGCUCUUCAUAACCUUUUAGGAAGGCUUUUAACCCCCACUACACUUACGUUUCUUUUCACCAGCUAUGAAUCCUGCGAUAUGCUCCUUGGGAGUUAGUCUGGCACUUGAGGUUGCAGUAUCCUGAGAGAAGC